AUGGCUGCACCUAUUCCCCACCCCAUGCGAGAGAAGCUUCUCCGCGAUGAAGUCGCCUACACAAUGAGCAUCAAGCUCGUCAAGUCCAUCGAAAUCGCCGGCAUGGCCAAGACAGCCGGCUACGAUGGCAUCCUCGUAGACAUGGAGCACUCCUCCUUUGAUCUCGAGACAACAAACCAACUCUGCGUCGCCGCUCUCUACGCCGGCAUCUCCCCCAUCGUCCGCGCCCCCAGCAAAGAUCCCUUUUUCGUCUCAAGGAUUCUCGACGGCGGCGCUCUCGGCAUCAUCGUUCCUCACAUUCGCUCUGUGCAAGAUGCUCAGGAUGUCGUCAACGCAGCCAAGUUCCAACCCAUUGGUCACCGUUCCUCCACAAAUGGUCUUCCGCAUCAUCAGUUUCGCUCUAUUCCCGCCAAGAUCUCCAAUCCCGUCACUAAUGCGGCUACCAUGGUCAUCCCCAUGAUUGAGACCCUUGAGGCGCUGGAGCUAGUCGAUGAGAUUGCCGCCCUUCCAGGCGUUGACUCUCUUCUCAUUGGUACAAAUGACUUGACUGCCGAGAUGGGCAUUCCCGGAGAUUACGAGAACCCUCGUGUUACUGAAGCUUACGAGCGCACUAUUGCUGCGUGUAAGAAGCAUGGAAAGUGGCUGGGUGUUGGUGGUCUCCAUGCUCGUCUUGAUCUAGUGGAGAAGUUUUGCAAGAUGGGAGCUCGUUGGGUCAUGGCUGCGACUGAUGGACCUCUGCUUCUUGGUGCGGCUACUAAGAGAGGUACUGAGAUGGCUGCGUUGAAUACUUCGGUGAUCAAGUCGCAACAGGCGAAUGGUCACUCAGUGGAGAAGAAGGCUACUAAUGGUGUUAUCAACGAUCUUGGCGUUGAGUGCAUUGCUAGGUCUCAGCAGUUUGACUUUAAUGAUGAAAAUACUACUCUGACGCAUGCGAGAGUCAAUGGUUACGUCGAGUCUCUAAGACGCCGUAUUGCUGAACUUGAAGAAAAGAUCAAGGCUGCUGAGCAGAAACAUGUUCAAGCCAGACAUACCUCCUUUGGCACAGUAGAUGUCGUCUUGCCCAUCAAUGGCAAACGCCGACGGUCAAAUUAUGGAUCUGUUUCAUCCGAACCUGUGAAUGAACAGACCGCUGCCAAUGGCGAGGAGCAGUCAAGUGUCCAAGACACCAUGAGCGCCAUUGGCCUCUUGUCCAACAAGGCCAUGGCCGAGUCUCGAACAAACACGGGUGAUAAGCCACAUAAACUCGCCAUCAUUGAAUCAAUAUCGGCAGCUCUGGCUGUAGAUGGCCGAGACCCUUCCAAGGCAUCAUCAUCGUCGCAACCGGCGUAUGUGAUGGAUGACCAGCUCAUUCCCCUCACACGCAACUUAACGCUCAGUCCCUUCCACCGGUUUCUGGACUGGAGCGUCUGGCUCCCUCAUAUUGACGAGAACCGCUUAUAUGAGCAAUAUGAGGCUGUUCUGGAGACGAGUGAUCAAGGCAUUGAUCUAGCUAGAACUGCACUGCCUCGUUUCAACACGUACCUGGCUGUAGCAAUAGGCAUCAGCAUGUCUCCCGAUGCUGGUCGCCUAUCCUCACUGGCUAGCAAUCUCCACACUGCAGCUGUGAAGCUAUUACCCUUCAUUCUUCACUCUCAAGAGCCUCUCGACACCCUGCACUGCAUGCUUCUGCUUGCAGUCUUCUCCAUGUUUAGUGCAUUAGGUGGAUCGACGUGGCACCUCAUGGGCUUCAUCAUGACGAAUUGCAUAGCUGCAGGCUUGCAUAAAACUGCACCGCCAAGGAAUACGUCGGAUUCUGAAGCCACUUAUCGAGUUGAGUGGCUAUUCUGGAGCGUGUACCUUUGGGACCGAUCUUUGGCCUCGGUUAUGGGUAGACCAUUCACUAUUACUGAGGUCGACAUCUCAGUUACAGAGAUGAAACUGCCUCAGGGUCGUUCCAGCCCACUGUUUUCCUACAGUAACCUCUGCUUCUGGCGAGAGUUCCCCCCACAAACCGGAGGAACUACUACCCCAACGGGUCCUCAUUUCGAUUACCUGGACCAACUAGCAUGUCGGGCUCUGAUCCUAAUGGUCCAACCCAAAGACCCGAGUCUGACAAGCUCCGAAGCCGACGCUGAGAGUGACAGCGAAGUAGAAGCUGAUACGAUUAGUUGCUGCAAGGCACUCAUCGAGAGACUCUAUAACAGGUCGGGCAGUGGCACCACGGUAUCUUUCCUAGACGCAUAUGAUAUCUUGGCAGCUGCUGUGGCGUACAUCUGCCUCGUUCAGCGCGCACCACAGCCGAACCAAACUGGCUUGACACAGACAUUCGAAGUAGUCAGUAAAGCAUCUAUACUGCUAACACAGUGCUCAUCCAAGUUCUCCGCCUUGAGCAUCUUCCAGCAAUUCCUCCUAACACUGUCCACCAAGAUGAUGGAAGGACAGGGCAGUCUACAGGGACAAUCAGCAACUCGCUUUGAUCACCCAGCCCCCCGGGCCAAGGCCGUCGGUACCGAGUCAUGA